AUGAUUGACAAACAGCGAGGUUGGCAUGAAAUGUUGCCAUAUGCUCUACUAGGUUAUCGAACAACGGUCAGAACAUCGACUGGGGCUACUCCAUACCUGCUAGUAUAUGGAACAGAAGCAGUCGUACCUGUUGAAGUCGAGAUACCGUCAUUGAGGAUCAUCCAAGAAGCUGAGUUAAGCAACGUGGAGUGGGUUAGCAAACGGAUUGAUCAACUAGCUUUGAUUGAUGAGAAGAGAAUGGUCACCGUCUGCCAUGGCCAGUUGUAUAGACAAAGAAUGACUCGCGCUUUUCACAAAAGAAUAAGAGCCAGAAAUUUUGAAGUUGGUCAGUUGGUUCUCAAGCGCAUUUUUCCUCAUCAAGACGAGUACAAAGGAAAGUUUGCGCCAAACUAG